AGCACCCACACUUAAAUGAACGAGUAGUGACGUUUAAUAUUUCGUCGUGUGUGCUUGUACUGCCGCAAAGAAACUACAAAUAGCAGGCGCCAAGCUUUGUCGAGCAAGAGCUCGUCUUUUGCGCACCCCGCGGCUGCCCUACUCGACGGUGGCCACGUUAUUUGAGGACAUAUACUAGCCAACAAUGCUCGCCUCCCUCUUCGCCGUUUCUUUCAACGACUGCUUCGUCGGGUUCCUCCUCGUGAAGCUAACCAUGCUGCUGUAUCAAAAUGAAAAAUCCCUCUCCCCAACAUAUCAAAACGGAAAUUUGCGAUGCUGAUUUGUGACCACAAAUCAGCUUUGUAUUGCAGAGAGGCACUGCGGCCAGAUCCCCGGGCUAGGUAGGGGCGUAUGGGUCUAGUAGUUCAGCAUGGCAAACGGCCCCCCUUUAGGCCCACCAGCAUGACAAAUCGCUUCCAUAAUGGGGCGGAGGCUUCUGCCCUUGUCUUCUUGCAAGACAGACGUGAUCUGUGUCCUCAAAUCUGCAACGCAAAUUCUUGGAAACAUACCGUUUCAAUAUGGGGAGGGGGGAUUUUUCCUCUCAGUAUGUUGAUGUGUGAAGCGCGGAAAAGUUUGCGGCUCCCGGACGCCCGAGUCAGGAAAUUGUUGUGGGACAGUUGCUAUCCCGUGCAAAAGUAUCGUGCUAGUAUGAAUUGCAUCACUAAUUCGCUCAAGUACAGAAUUUCAAUUUGUCAUGCUACUUUGGGUAGAAAGUUGGGUUUGUAAUGCAUGCUCGCAAUCACUACGAGUACGAUGCUUUUGCACUGCAUAGUUGCUUGUCACUUCGGGACUCACCGCCGAUAAUGUAGUACGUCGUGAACAUCAUUAUAUCAACUUCUACACGAGCUGCCGCUCAUUUUCAACGAACUCUCUCUCUGCAGGAGACACGCACACGGCCGCAUCUUAUUCGCGACAGGUAGUUGUGCCCCGCGCACCAAGUAAUUAAAAGACAGCAAAAAUCGGGUGAAGACGAUAUUACGUCGGAAAUAAAAGUAAAACAACCACAUGACGACUGGCGCAGCGGUAAAACAAUCAGAGUUUCCAUCUGUGAUGUCGGGGAAAAGGUACGAUGAACAUCCACUCCCGGCGGACCAGAACGUGGUCAUUGGAAGGGUAAUCACGACGAGCGGGCUCCUCAUCGACGGCAGAGCAGCUAGUACAGGAAACGACAAAAACUACUCCCAUAGCACUACCACGACCGCUUUGGGCAGCAGCGCACACGAGAAUCGCAAAAUGAGUUCAACACCUACUACAGCUAGAAGGACGAAGGAGAAGCUGUAUCAGGCCUCCCUCGGAUAUAUGCAUUGCAAAAAUGUCUGGGUCUGGAAGGAUGCAAGGUCUGUCAUGCUUGUCUGGCAUGAGUAAAGAGCUUGCAAUGCGUGUCCAAGAAAAGACUCUUUUGCUUGUCAUGCAAAAACGCAGUUUGUCAUGCGAAAACUGCAACACAAAGCCUCGCAAAUUUUUUCUCAUGCUUGCCUGUGCAUUAGACAGCAUUCACGUAUUCACAGCCCAGCAUUACAAGUGUCCAGACCCAGACAUAUUGGCAUUUGAUAAGCAACGCCGUGUCCUUCGCGUUUUUCGCUUGUUGGGUGCGGUUUCUCACCCUGUACUUCCUUUCCAUAUCCUGCUCGGCCAGCCAGAUCGGGCUGCUCGUGUCAUCCGGGAAACUGACCACCAUGCUGACCGGCCCCAUCGGCGCUUACCUGGCAGACAAAUCACGGGAGGCGAAGCUGGUUUUGCUGUUUUCCAUCGGGUUUAGCAUGCUGAGUUUCGCAGCAAUCCCCCUGACGGUGGUGGACGCGAGCCAAAGUUUCUAUCCGGAGCACUUAGAAUUAUACCGACACCGUACUAAUUUAUUUUACAAUUUCAACUCUGCUAUACAGUUACAUCAGAAACAUACAGUCAAGAAGUUUUGGGUAAAAAUAUUGCGCAUGACAUCAACAAGUCCGGAGUUGUCGGUAGAUACGUUUUUCAACGGCACACUAUCGGCACCUUGUUCUUUCUCUAUGUGACCUUCAACAUCCUCCGGGCGCCGCAGGGUUCGCUUUUGGACGCUCUGAUUCUUGAAAUGUCGGAAAAAGAUAGGGAUGUGUGGUCGAAGAGCCGCAUGUGGGGCGCAAUCAGCUGGGGCGCGACACACGUGGUGCUUGGGUUCAUGCUAAGCCAUUCAAACGGAAGCUUUCUUCCGAUGUGGGGUGGGUAUCAGGUAUAGAUAUGGAAGAUUUCUAACUCGAUCUGUGAUGUGUGUACUAACUUCUACUGAAAAUAACCUCUUUAUUAAUAAACAAACAGCUAAUUGGCCUGCUUUUUCUCUAUACGGGCAAGAAACUGUUCCCAAAACACGCGGGGAAGGAUAUCAAAAGACAAAAAUCCCACCUCCCCAUAUCGAAAACGAAAUUUGUGAUGCUGUAUUUGAGUACACCAAUCGAUUUGUAAUGCUAGAAGGCCAAGCACCGCAGUUGUGGCCUCGUUUGCAGGCAAUUUGUCAUGCUGUUUCCCACUUCCAGCUGCCUCCUUUCGUGCUAAAGAUGCAAGGCCUUGUUCCCUUCCCACGACACCCAGAACUACAGUCCGCAUCUUUUCCCUUCUAGCAUAACAAAGCUGGUCUGUGGCCACAAAUCUGCAUCACAGAUUUCCUUUUGGAUAUGGGGUGGGGGGAUUUUUCUUGUUCAUAAAGGACUCGGCUCCGGUGAACUACGACCUCCUGACCCAAAUGGUGAAACAGCGGAAAGUAUGCAUUGCAAAAGUAUCGUACUCGUUGUAAUUGCAUGCCCGCAUUACAAAUUUUUUUCUUAAGUUGAAUCCGCAUUACAAAUUUCAUUUCUCAUGCUGAGAAAAUUUGUGAUGCAAUUCAUACUAGUACGAUGCUUUUGCACUGCAUAGAAAGUCUUUUUUCUCAAUCUGACCAUGAUUGGCGGGGGGUUUUCGCUCGUGGAAGCCAUGUUGUUUCUCGCGUUAGAUGAAUUGAACGCGACUCCGCUCCUGUAUAACCUGCUCAGGUGAUACACUCUCAAACGUUACAAUAGAAUCUGGAAUUUGUGUUGCAAGAAUUGCAUACUCUAGCCAACUCUCAUAGGACGAUUGCGCAUGACAAGUUCUGGAGUCCUAAUCCUCACUACAAUCUGGCGAAAUUUGUAUUGCAGAAAGUGGAAUGGUCUGCGAGUCUGUCAUGCUCAUUAUGCAGGACAAAUCCCAGACUCUAUUGUAACGUUUGAGAUUGUAUCGUUUGAGCAGGUCAUAUCCUGUGCGGCAUGAGUGUUUUGACCACGGUGAUUUUCGAGCUACCGAUUUUCUACUACGGGGAAUACCUGCUCGAAACGCCUAUGGACUGCAAAUAUGUCUGGGUCCUCUGGGGGAUUGCGAGGUUUGUCAUGCUAGUCUGGCAUGACUCUGAGUUCUGUAUUGCGUUGCCGCAAAGAGCUCCUCUUGCCUGUCAUGCAAAAACGCAGUUUCUAUUUCUAAUGCGGGGCACGCAACUCAGAACCACGGAAAAACUUGUCAUGCUUGGCAGUGCAUUACAGUGUACUCACUGCAGUUCCAUCAAUUGCAUCACAAGUAGUUUCCAGACCCAGUCCCAGACAUAUUUGCAUUUGAUAACGCUCGGUGCGAAGCAAAUGAUCCUCCUCGGACAAGCCGCUUGGGUGUUCCGCGCCAUCUUCUACGCCUGGAUGCUAUCAACUGCAAAUAUGUCUGGGUCUGGAAGGAACCUGUGAUGCUGUGUUGCGCAUGACUGCAACUACGCUUGCAAUUGCAGCCGAGCAUGACAAACUUUCGGACCGCUUUCUGCUGCCUGACGCGCAUUACAAAAUGCGUUUUUGCCUAACAAGGGAAGCUGCUGCUCACUUGUUGCUCAUGCAACACAGAUUUUCCAGGAAUGCAAGGCACGCAAGACAAGUUCCACCUUUUCAGACCCAGGCGUAUUUGCAAUGCAUAGAUGCCCAAGGCGGACUACGUGCUGCUCGUGGAACCGCUUCACGUAUCGUGAGAAAAAAGUGUUACAGUUACACGCUCUGAUGCAAGAUAGCAAGACAGACAACCUCUGUCAUGCAGGAAAUGCCAGCCAGCCUCAUUUCGUUCGUGUUUUCCCUUAUAGUCUGCGCAUCACAAGUUUUGCUUGCCAUGCAGAGCAACUUUGUCAUGCUGAAACUCCAACAAAUGUGUAACUGUAUACACUUUUUUCCUGUGAUAUCACGGCGUCACCUUCGCCCUGGUGUUCAUCGCGGCCGUCCAGGAGACGAACAAACUCGCUCCAGACGGCAUGAAAUCCUCCGCGCAGGCGGUGUUGGGAUUUACCUUCGGAGGUAUAGGUCCUUGCGUCGUCGUUUUCCUCGGGGGCCUGUUGUUUGACUGGAUCGGCUAUGCAUUGCAAAUCUGUCUAGGUCUGGGUACUUGUGAUGCAAGCAAGGGAAGACGAAGAGCGAGCGCACUGUUGUAAUGUGCUCCCCAGCAUGACAAGUUUUUCCGUGGUUCAGAGUUGCGUACUGCGCAUGAGAAACUCCGUUUUUACAUGACAGACGAGAGGAGCCCUUCCCGGGCACGCAAUACACAGUUCAGAGUCAUGCCAGACUAGCAUGUUGACAAAUCUCGCAAUCUCCCAGACCCAGACAUAUUUGCAUUUGAUAUCGGCUACAAAAAAUCGUUUUUCGGGUUCGCGAUACUGGUGCUGGCGAGCAUGGGCGUGUAUUACUUCGCGAGAGAGGAGGAAAACGAAAAUGACGUGGAAAUAGGACGAGCAAUACCCGUAGCUGUCGAAAGUGCGGAAAGCGCUCUUGAAGAUAGCAACAUGACUAGUUCAUCUCGGCAAGUUGUGCAACUCGAAGAUGCGCAACACCUUCACGGGGGCAGCCACGACUUUGAACUCGAAGUUGAGGAAACCAUCGCCAGUCCUGCGGUCCGUGAGCGCGGCAGAGAAGAAGACGAUGUCGAAUCAAUGACCCCGACCAACUUUGGAAAAACUACUUCCGCGAAAAAGAAGCACCAAAAUAAACUACAGCAACAACAGCACCUCGUCCGCACGACAAGCAGCGGGGUGAAGGCGAGUUACCAAAGAGCGGACUCGUCAAGUCCGGAGAAAGAGUUGUACGAUAACAGGAGGGGCGGUAGGACAUCACCAGGUGGAGAAGGUACAACUAGUGUGGAGUAACCUGCUGUUCACCGACUGCACGUGUUAUUUGUCCGGUUCAAUAGGAGAAGUAGAUUCUCGGGCUUUAUUCUCAUCUCAUUACCUCUCCACAUCCGUCGAAAAUAUUAAGCGGCUUUCACUUUAUUGCUAUUCGGCAUGUUUGACUUUUUGGACACAAACCGCCCUCGCGCCCCCCCUCUGAAGUUUUCUAUUGAAAUUUCAAUUUGUGAAAAUUUGUUGUCAUGCAGUACUUGUACUAUUUCCCCUUCGGUAGUACAAGCUAGCAGAUGAGAGCUUUUCAACAAUCCUGGUCCUGUACAAUCAGACUCACUCAGAUUCUGUUGUUUCGGUUUCAUCUGUAUCUUCGGAGAAUUUCAGCCGUGACCGCGUACAAUGGCAGUGCGUUUUUAUCUCGACAUCGAAAACGAAAAGAAUGGCACCGUUGACCUGAUAGUUUCUAUUCAGCCUCCCGCCGUGUUUCACAAUAAAGAUGAACAAGUCUCAUCAACGACAAGUACCUCGGUGCCAACAUCUCAAAUCAAGUCUUAUUUCUGUAGUUUGUGUAGCUUGUUUAUGUUUCACAACGCGAUUUCU